AUGCUGGAUCAUGAACAGAAGGUGCAUAAAAUUCUUGAGUGUCUGCAUCAUCGACAGGACGGUUCCACCCUUUGUUUCCCAAACUUCCUUCCUCCAAAGAUGAAGGAACUCCUAGCAGAGUUGGCUAUGGUAGAGGACGAGAUAGCUCGAUUGGAAACCCAAAUAAGCCAACUACAAACAGAUUUGGAUCGUGAAAAGGAAGUCACUAAAGAAGUACAGUCCAAACAAUGGCAACAAGAAAGUCGAAACAACCCUCCUGGACAGUCAUCAAUUCCACCAAAUCCGAACCCCCCAAGCAAAGGUUUUAAUGAGAAGAUGGCAUUCGAGACAAAGGCAUUGCAUUUCAUUAGUAAAGCUAUAAAGGGUGAUUAUAAUCUCAGUGACUUCAGCAUGAAUGAUAAACUGAGAAUUUCGCGAGGAUUUUUGGAUCAGAAAGAGAAUAACUUCCGGGAGGAGAUGGGAUUGCAAGAUAAACUACUUACAAGAAAAAGUGGGAUGCUUAAACCAUCCUCACCCUUGCAGCCAGAGCCAAGACAACCAUCUCCCAGGAGGGAUCGUAAUCUAGAGGUCCCUUUACGUCUCCCACCAAAGGCUCAACCAACUCCAAUUCAACCAGAAGAAGAGAGCUCCCAGAAGUGGUCACCCAACAAGCUAUCAGAGAGCAUCAUCAAAUGUUUGCUCUUCAUUUUUGUAAGACUUCUUAGGACUUCAAGAAAAAUGGAGCUAGAGAAAUUGGGCCCCACUUCAAGGUCUACUAACUUUUCUUCAAGCUUCAGGGCUGAGCCCAGCUUAAACUCCAAGGCAAGCCUUUUGUUACAGAAAGAAUUAAGGCAACAAGACCCUUAUGGAAUCUUUGAUAUGGAAGGAUCUAUUCCAAGGGACGUUGGCCCUUACAAGAACUUGGUUAGGUUCACAUCAAGCUCCAUGGACCCCAAAUGCAUCUCCAAUUCAAGUUCUGUUCCUUUAUUGCAGAAACUAAGGGUCUUGAUGAACAGCCUACAGGAAGUUGACUUGAGAUUUCUGACUGACCAACAGAAGCUAGCAUUUUGGAUCAACAUGUACAAUGCUUGUAUCAUGCAUGGGGUUCUUCAAUAUGGUGUGCCUUCUAGCCCUGAAAAACUGCUUACUCUUAUGAACAAGGCAACCCUGAAUAUUGGAGGCAACAUAAUAAAUGCUCAAGCUAUUGAGCAUUUUAUUCUUAGAAAACCAGCAUCUUCAAUCACAAAAGAGGUUUAUCCGAAGAGAGAGAAGGACGACAAAGAAGCCAUUGUUCGUGAACUUUAUGGACUCGAGUCAUCGGACCCCAAUGUCACAUUUGCCUUAUGCUGCGGAACACGGUCUUCUCCAGCAGUAAUUUAUUUGAACUUUGUGUGA